UAUGUUAAACACUGCUGGUGGUCACGUAGGUCUGUUUUUAAUAUGCUGGCUACUGGUGAUUUGGUGUUAAGUAUUGUCAAAUAAUAUAUAGUUAAGUAAGCUUUGUGCACUUGGCGACAAAAGAUGCUUUUUUUUUACAUGCUGGGGCAUGGUUGUAGAAUAAGAAAAAGUAAACAAUUUUUUAUUAUAGAGUUAUGCUACAACUCAUAUCUCCAUGAGCAGCCGGAUGUAUCAUUGGAAGUAUCCUACUUGAUUAGUCAGGUCUUAGAAGGAGGAGGGAGCCACACGUUUCCUCAAUAUGUGCACCAGGCAAAAGCAGAUGAGCGCAGAGGCCUUCCCCAAUUCCCCUUUGUGUUUAUAUAUUUUUAAUUCUUUUAGAGGGAAAACUGUCAAGCAUAUCCAAAGUGCAGGACCAAAGAAUAAUUAUGUAUGCGUUAGUAAGGUUCUGUGGUGACGAUAUGUGCUACGCUUUACCCGUUUCUAAUGUGAAAGAUUUUAGACCUUUGCACAAAACAGAUUUUGAUCAUCAGAAGGUGUAUCUGGUUCUCAGAAGUGAAGAGAAUGGUACAGGCCAAGCUGCCAAGGCACAGAUUCUAGCCCUCGCAGAAAAUAUAGAAGAAUUUGAACACAGUAUUAUGCAAAAGAAGAUGAAAAUUCCAAAAAUGUCUUCAAGAAACACAGGAAGCAUAAUUGGAAAUCACUUUGGGGAGGAGCGACUGCCACUGAGACACAAAAAAGUAAGCAAGGCCCAGGCUCAGGAUGUGGCCCGCCCAAUGAGCACGAACUCCUCUAAAAGCCUGGCGGCCGUGGUGGCUCGGUUGGAGCGAAACGCGGUCAGCUCGUGUCUGGAGAGCGAGGAAGACCUGGAGGAGGACAGGCUGGCCCUGGGGGAGGAGGAGGACGAGGAAGAAGAAGAAGAAGAGGAGGAGGAGGAGGGGGACGCGGAGGGCGACAGGGAGGGGGGGAGCGAGGCAGUGGUGCCACGGGUGCUGUACGAGGAGCUGGUGCACAGCUACCGGCAGCAGGAGGAGGAGAUGCGACGGCUGCAGCAGGAGCUGGAGCGCACACGCAGGCAGCUGGUGCAGCAGGCCAAGAAGCUCAAGGAGUACGGCAGCCUGCUCACAGAGGUCAAGGAGCUGCGCGACUUCAACCGCCGCCUGCAGGACGUCCUGCUCAUCAGACUCGGCAGCGAGCCUAUGCACGACAACGGCACUCAGACAAUCAAAGAGGUGAUGGAGCCAAUCAUUGAGUCCCAGGAGGUGUGCAAAGAGGAGGCCAACACCAGCUCCAGCCACUCCCCUUCCCCUCGAACCGUCUACACCUUCAACGAUGGCAAGGUGCACCUGGGCGGAGGUAUCUGGGUGGAGGAGGAGAAGUGGCACCAGUUGCAGCGUACGCAGGGCGACUCCAAGUUCACCAAAAACCUGGCCGUCAUGAUCUGGGGUACCGAGACGCUGAAGAACCGCAGCGUCACCGGCGUGGCCACCAAAAAGAAGAAAGACGCCCUGCCCAAACCCCCCCUCUCCCCCAGCAAGCUCAAGAUUGUCAGAGAGUGUCUGUAUGACCGGGUGUCACAAGAGACAGCCGACAGUGCAGAGAUCACGCAGCGCUUAUCCAAAGUGAACAAGUACAUCUGUGAAAAGAUCAUGGACAUCAACAAGUCCAUCAAGAACGAGGAAAGGCGAGAGUCCAAGCUGCUCAUUCGACAGACGGUCAAGAUGGAAAACUUCCCCUGCGAUGGCAUGUAGGCGGCUGUGGCCUCCCGCCACCACCGCCCGUGUCACCGAGGCCACCACCACCCGUGUCACAGAGGCCUCUUUCAGCGGCCCUCAGACUGCCAUACAGGAAGAGGGUGGACAGAAGUCGUCCAUUCUGCCGUUUCGAGAUUCUUAUUGGUGCCCGAAAGAGGCCUUUCUACACCCCCACCCCACCCCCCGCCCUAUCCCCUCAUCCCUAACUAAUCUGUGCUCGCCCGGCAGUCUCCCGCCCAGCUCAGCGCAGUCAGUAAUAUAGAGAGUGUUUUGGGUGUACAGUAUGAACAUGAGGUGGUGUUAGGAGGGGGGGGGGGGGGGUUUGAUAAGCAGUAGGGAUUUGGAG